UGUGAAGUGAUCUAACUCAAUGGGGCUCUGCGUGAUACCCAAACCCGGAGCAGAAAAUUACCAGUUUGCGGUUUGACAGCCGGUCUUGGAUAUUUACUCGGGCUGCGUUUUUUUUAGUGAAGAUGAGCUGCAUCGCUCCCGUGAGGAGGAUUCUCAACGACAAAGUGGGCUCCAGCGAGGACGUGAACACAACCUCUGAGAUCUUCAUCCCACAUCAAGACCCCAAGGAGACCCUCCCAUUUCUACUUCCCCUUCCUUGUCUCCAUUCGUUGUUACAGUCACCAGCCUCUCCUCCGUCAGAUCGGGCCUACCUGCAAGCAGCAGCCAUCUUCCGCCGGCUGCGCACGGCGAAGCCGGUGACCCAACAACUCCUGCAUUAUGGGAGGAGGACGGACACGCCGCUACCAGAGAGCGGAGCCAAAACCGCCCAGAGACGGGCCUACCAACUCGCCUUCAGCACACUCAAAUAUCAAGAUUUACUGGAGGACAUGAUUGCCGACAGCUGCUUCCACACGACCCAGCACAUUUGCGGCAACUUGUUGCCAUUGGCGAUGGUGAUGCUGUUUGACUUCCAGGACCGACGCUUUUUGCCGCGUGAGCGUUCAACGAAGGAAGGGGAGGAGCCUUUGCAGGAAGUCAGGGACCUGGAGGGCAGUCUGCAGAGGUGUAAAACCAAGCUGGCAGCAUCUCUUGCUCGCUGCAGAGUGAAACAGGAUCUGCAGAGCAUCUCCUGUUUUCUGUCUGAUCCUGUCAGGACUAAACAGCACAGAGCAAAACGUCUGCCACUGUAUGCAUGGGUCAAUACUCUCAAGACAAGUGUUGAGGAAGUGAGCGAAGCGCUGCGAGGCGCCGGCUUGUGUGAAGUGGAGCUGUUGACAGACCUCAGAGAGGCGACGUUCUGCAGAGACCCUCUCUGUCCGGACACACUCGUCUUCUCACGGCAGCUUCAUGCUCUGCUGCGGCACAGCAGCCUCACAAGCACACAUGCACUCAAAACACAGGACAGGAGCCUGUGCGUGGCGGUGAGCGCGUUACGCCCCCUGCUGUUCGACAAAGGCGACGUCCUGGUGGCGGGGUCCUUCUCGGCUGUGACCGUGGCUCACGUGUCUGUGGCGGCCGCCGCCCGCUCCGGCCGAGCGCUGGUGUGUGCCGCCGAUCACACGCCCGCGCAGCUAGAGGAGAUGCAAGAACUGCUCGCACAAAUGGACAUCAAAAACGUGUGAGUCCUGUCAGAAGCCUUCUGCGGUCUGGACGAGUGGCACGCCGCCGUCCAGCGCUUAGAGGUCAUCGUAGUGCUGCCCCAGUGCUCGUCCUCCGCGCUCAAUGACCCCGUGCCCACCAUCCACAGCGAACACGGAGACUGGGAUCUACUGCCAGACUUGUGUCACAAUUCUGUGUCCAGGAGCAAAAUACACAAAAUGGCCGACCAGCAGGCACGACUACUGGCACACGCUCUGUCCUUCCCAAAGGUCCAGACGUUGGUCUACUGCACGCGCUCAGUGUAUCCCGAGGAAAAUGAACAGCUGGUGAAAAGAGUGAUAGAGAAAGCACGCACUCACCCCAAACUGAUGCCCUUCAGGAUGAACGGCCCCAUUUUCCCAGACGACUCCCAGUCAGGGGACACGGCGGACUCCGAGUUCUUCCGGCUCGAAGCAUCUCAGUUCACCAACGGAUGCUUCGUCGCGCGGCUGUCCCGACAGGCGGAUCCCACCAAGGUAGAGACGGUCCACGAUGUUCUGGCGAGGGCGGCAGCAAAGGGCCUCCUGGGUGGAAUAAUUCCUGAACAAUCAAAAACCGGUAAAAGGGGAAAAAGCAGGAAGAAUCUCGUUCCGUCGGCCGGCAGCAAACCCUCAUCCCCCUCGAGCCAAGAAAGGCAGAGGGGAAGCGAGGUUGUGAAUGGAGAAGAUCUGGUCGAAGCUUCAGAGCAUGAAGAAGAGAGAGGUGAAUGUGGAGAGGAGGGAGAGGAGGAAGAUAAGGGAGAAAAGGGUGGAAAGAAGAGGCCAGGGCUGAAAGGAUGUAAGCGAAAGGUCAAGGGGCAAACCAACAAGACAACCGAAGUCUCAAAGCAAAACCCUAAAAGCCGCAAGAAGAAAUCAACAAAGACUAAAGUCAACCAAUCACCUCACAAGAAGCAGCUUACAAGAAGUAAACCCAGAAGAAUACCUCGUCUUACGCUGACGUUAAUGUCCGCCGCAAAACCCUCCAACCACUUGUCUCCAAUCACGGCCCUCGCGCACAAGCUAAGUAACAGUCCAACGGUUAAAUCACAGCAGACUGACUUUAGCACCCCGUCCUCUGCCCGUCCCGCUCCAGCCGCUCCCCACGCAGCCUCCAAGCAGGUGCAGGGGCCCAGCACAGAGCUCGAAAGAGCAGAGAGAACGUUGAAGGACGCAGCUAGACCAGAGAUCCCGCUCAAGGCCAGAGGAAAGGUGGCCAGACCUAGGAAAGAGGAUGUGUUGAAGCAGGCAGAUGUUGUCCUGCCACCCAUUUCCUCCCCCUCCUCCGGCUCCAAGCAAACAAUACUUGAUAUCGACUCUUUCUCAUCUGGCUGACUUUCCUACAAUCUAUUAAAAUGUCCUCAGGUUGUUUUUAUGAACUGUUAAAGACUUUAAAGAAUGAAUAAAUGCUACAUCGUGUAAAUACGUGGCAAUGUGAUAAUAACAAAAAAGUACUUUUUUAAUGAAGUGUUAAAUGUCUUCAUGUCCUGCUGCCACUGCUGACUUGUCUUCAUGUAAAUUUACUGUUCAGUUCUGAGGUAGGCUGCUAUACUUUUCAUUUUCUGCUACUUUAUACUUCUACUCCACUAGAUCUCAGAGGGAAAUGUUGUACUUUUUACUUCACCACAUUUAUUUUGAAGAUGUAUUCACUUUGAAGAUUCUGAUAAUGAAUACAUUAUUAUGUAUUAGUAUAGAUUAAUCUACCAGCAGUAUAUCAAGUAGUUGAAAUUAGCUUCAACAUUAAAUUGAUGAACAUAUGAAUCAGCAUUUAUAAUAUAGUCAUUUUAUUUUUUACAUUAUUUUGAAAUGGGCCACUCUGCAUAAUGAAGACUAUUACUUUUAGUAUUUUAAGUAUAUUUUGAUCAUAACAGUUCUGUACCGUUACUUUUACUUUUCUGAAGACUUCAUAGUUCAUAUUCACUUCAAGUACAUUAACUCAAGUAGUGAACCAUAUUCACGUGAAUGCAGUGAGAAACAAAACUGCGAGACACCAGCUAUCCCGAAGGAAACUUCGGAGGGAACCUGCUGGUUUGAUUAGUCUUUCGCCCCGAUACCCAGA